GAAGAAACACGUCAAGUUAAAUGAUUGGUUAAAAAUGUUGUGUUAAUUUUUUGGAGUUUGUAUCUUGAGAGACCAAAGUACUAUUAAACAUUAAUACUCAUUGAAUUAAAGCAUUAUUAAAAUGCGUUUAAUUGUCAUAGGAUUAUUUGUGAUACUUCCUUCACUUGUGUUAUCUGAGUUUUCUGCAGAAGAUUGUUGGGCUCUUGGAUUUCACAAAGCAAACUUACUGUGUUCAUCGUGUGAUCAAUUAGUCAAAUUUCAAUUAGAUGAACUUGUAAAUCAUUGUAAAGAAUGUUGUCACCCAGAUGAAGUUAAUUCAUCAAAAAAAGUUUAUUACAAAGCAGUUCUAGAAGUAUGUACUUGCAAGUUUGGUGCAUAUCCUCAAAUUCAAGCCUUUAUUAAAAGUGAUAGACCUGAUAAAUUUCCCAACUUACAAAUUAAAUACCUCAGAGGACUCGAUCCCAUCAUAAAAUUGUAUGAUAAGGACGGACAUCUACAAGAAACAGUUGCUAUUGAAAAAUGGAACACAGACUCUGUAGAAGAAUUUUUAACUACACACUUGAUAAAAUUAGAUGAUGAUGAUUAUUUAAGAACAAAUAUGGUGUAAUAUAAUAUAGUUUGUAAUCUGUA